AUGGGUGCCAAGAUAUACGAUCCUCGAUUGUAUAUCCAUUAUGGCCCAAAGGAUGCGAGUCUCUUAACCGAUCAAGAAGCUCAUCGCUCCCGUGCUAUUUGGGAUAACAAUCCGGAAUCUCUGGUUCCCGUGGUUCAUAAAUGGACCAAUAACUUGCCUGCUUGGCAUUCAAGGUUGGAGCCCUAUAUAGAGAGGACCGGUUUGGGAAUGUUGCGCCAUUUCAUGCGGAUCGAAAUCGACAACGAUCUGCUUACGACAAUGGCCGAACGAUGGUGUCCCGAAACCCAUACGUUCCACCUUGCGGAGGGGGAAAUGACGAUCACCCUCAAAGACGUGGCGAUCCUCACCGGGCUGCCUAUUUCUGGAGAUGCCAUCAUUGGUUCCACGACCAAACCCGAAGGAGGUUGGGGGCCGCUCAUACGUGAUCGUUUGGGCUUUGACAUGCCGACCACCACACCAAUUCAAGGACGGGGGCAUCCACCGUUGAAUGCGGGCCAAGUGUCGGUCCCGUGGCUGGUAUCUCACAUCCAGCAAGAGGUGGAAAUCAAUGACGAGACACCGGAAGAACAAGUCGGGCGCUACGCCCGCAUCUACCUCAUCGGUUUGGUGGGUGGAUUUUUGUUCCCCGACAAAUCCAACCGGUGGAUUCAAGGCAUAUGGUUGGAUAUGCUCACUGGUGACUGGGAUGCAAUAGGUGCAAACGGUGGGAUAAUCAACUUUCCAGCAUAUAUAGGCCAAUACGCUUCAUCUGGCAUGGGGCUCAAAGCUGCAUUAUAUGAGUUCCGUAUCGCUUGUUCAGUGUAG